AUGGAUGCGCAGAAUGCUGCCGGGUCCGACAAGUCGAAGCCCGUCGCUGCGGCGGAGAAGCGACCGGGCAAUCACCAACCUGACGAGUCUCACGAGUCCAACAGCAAACCGACCAAAAACGUGGACGAUUCCAUCAAAUCCCCGCCUCAUCUAUCCAAAGACGUCAAGCCUAGCGUAAUCGUAUCUCGCGCCCCUCCCGUAGCCGACGAUGCUCCUGUCGACCGAGAUUCUGAUGCCGAGACCAUCGUACUGCCUGGCAAGGAUGGCCAUUCGCCCUCCAAGGCGAGGAAGGUAAAGCACGAGGACCGCAGCGAUGGGGAACCCCCGGUUCUCCCCGUUCCCCUGGUUCCCCGGAAAAAUCGUGAUGCGAGUGCCAGCAGAGAUGGCGACAAGGAAAAGACGGCCAAUCCUGCCCGUCUGUCCGAAACGGCUUCCUCUCUCGGGCUGAAGAAGAAGCGCCUUCACGAUCAAUCGGCCAGGAGCAAAGAUGGUUCCAGCGGCCUCAGCUCGGCUCCUGCAUCCCCUCCCCACCACAGGCGUCGAUCUGGUGGGCACUCCGAUUCCGAUACGGGCGCUGACCGUAGGAAAUCCCCCAAGCUGUCCCUGAAAGACCGGGCAAAGUCCAUCGACAGAAUUCCCCACAAACGCAAAGCUUCCAGGGCAGACUCGGAUGAUGAGGCGGAAAAUCGAAAGGUCCGACGGCAACGAAUCUCGGAUCACAACACCAUAGAAGCUCGAGCUCGCCUACCCAAGGAACCAAAGUCUUCGUCUUCGUCUAGGAGAGAACACGACGGCCACUCAGGAUCACGCACCAGAUCCGUCUCUCCACACCACCCACGUGCCCACAGGCGGAGCGUCUCGACCCAACUUCCCGCAAACUCGUCUAAUGGCCUGAGUUACAAGAAGAAACGUCUGCCUCCGCCGCUGCAAUCUACAGACUAUCACUCGGAUGAAUCCUCUGCCAGUGGUAGCCCUCAUCCUCGGAGCUCCAAGCUGCGAAACCUCUCCACCCCCGCCACCGCCGAGUCAAAUAUGUCGCCGGCCAAGAUUGCACCACACAAGAAACACCUCGACGCCCACGGCCAAACCUUCCUCGCUAGGGCAUGUGCCCGAGGCGAGUACGACCUGGCCAAGCAAAGACUGGGAGAGCGACCCGAGGAUCUCAAUGUGGCCGACUAUGCUGGCAACACGCCACUUCAGAUUGCUGCGAUUAACGGAUACGAGGACAUCGUCAAACUCCUCAUCGACGCGGGCUGCAAUUUGGAUUGUGUCAACUAUGACAAAGACACACCAUUGUUAGACGCUGUCGACAACGGUCACUUGGGAGUGGUCAAGCUGUUGCUGAAUGCGGGGGUAAAUCCGAGGAAAGCCAACCUGAGCGGAGAGGAACCCUUGGACCGAGUUAGCGACGAUUUGGAGAAUGCAGACGAUUUCCGAGCCGCAUUGAACGAAGCCAAGUCACGACAAGGAGAACGCAGACGUACAUCCGAAGAUCACCACCCUACCGACCAAUUCGACAGUAGAUCAUCUCAUGGCCCAGACAGCCCUCGUCGGUCACCUGCACCAUCUGCGUCCAACGCCAGCGGUCGGCGAGCCGGCACCGUCAGGGCAAACAAGACAAGCAAUCAUCUCUUGUACAUGUCACUUGACGACAAGACGUUACGGCAAGCUGCAGGAAAGGGCGACGAAGAGACUGUUACGCGGAUUUUGCAAGUCAAGGACGGUUGCGAUGACUCAGAAGCCAUGGUUGCUGCUGCUCGUGGAGGCCAUGAAGUGGUGAUUCAACUGCUCCUGGCUCUUGGUGGAGCGAACCCAGACCCUGCACCUGUUUCGAGCAUGCCACCCGAAUUCGCCACCCCAAUGUUGGCGGCGAUCGGCCAGGAAAAUAUUAAGGUCGUCAGACUACUCUUGGACCAGGGGAAUUUUGAUCCGACUCGCCGAUUCAAAGGCGAGACCUAUCACGAAAUUGCCCGCCGUCGACAGGGAACGAACUGGAAAGACGAGGAGCACAUGCUCAAGGAGUCUUACGAUGCCUAUAGAAAGUCACACCGCGACAUUUCGAAGACAAAAUCUCCUGGCAGACGCGAGCGUGAAAAAGAACGCGAAAAGGACCGCGACAGAGAGCAGGAUCGCGAGACAAAGCGCCAAGGUCGGAAUGAACUCAAGGAUGAAGCGCGUGCGCACAAACGUAACCUCUCUAGCCCGUCCCGUGAUCCGGAGAAGAGGAAGAAACUUUCUUCUGGACGAACCAUCACAAGUCCAAAGGAGAAACGUAGGGCGGAUUCAUUUCACGAAGAUCAGAUCUCACCGAAGCGUGGUCCUGGCAGGCCGCGUAAAGAAGACCGAGUACCUACAAUCGCUGUUUCAGACCGAGAGGCUUCACCCGCACUUUCGCAGAAGCAGGCUGCUAAAGCAGCGAAACGAGCCGAGUCCGACGUCGCCGCGAUGUCCUCUGAAGGAGAGGCUGCUAAGCCGCGCCGUAAGCUCGUAUCCAAGGGGGAGCUUCGUGGCGAGAGAGAAAAGAACCGACGAGCGAGCAUGGUGUCCACCACAUCAUCAUUGAAAGAUCCUUCGAGCCCCCGCGACCCAACAAAACUUGACGAUCAUCCCGAGAAGCCAAAGGGCGAGCCGCUGUCGGAGAAGUACCACGAUCGCACGAAAGCUCUCAAGAGGGACGAGUCUCGAGAUCGGCUAUCGGUGUCUGGCGAUAAUUCGUCCAAACGACAUCGUUCUAGUGUCACGCCACCACACUCAAGCACGGGAGACAAGGAUGAAGGCGAGGCACCCGUGAAGCGUCGGCGGCUUGAUGUUGAGGGUAAGGAGCGACGACCAAAAUCGACCGCUUCACCCGAUGAUCCUCACAGGGCACCUCGUGAUGGCCCGCCUCGAUCCAAGUCCAGCUUGAGAGACUACGACGACAGCGAUCGGAGACCGACUAAGGCUAAGGCAGAUGUCGAUGGCCACAGACGAGAAUCCGGCAAAUCGAGCAAUAGUGAUAAGUCUAGUAUCCACGUUAAAUCUGAGGAUUUUGACAUCGAGAUGCCAGAUGCGUCGGAUGUAAAGGACACAGUGGAAGCGGAACCACGAAUCAAGAAGGAGCGCGACGACGAGAAGCGGCGUCUCGAAGAGAAGGAGCGUAGGAGAGAAGAGAAGCGUCAAGAAGAACGAAAGCGCCGUGAAGCUGAGGCCGAAGAAACCCGCAAAAAAGAGGAGGCUCGUCAACGCGAACGCGAGGCUGAAGAGAAGAAGCGAGAGGCUGAGCAGAAGAAACGUGAAGCUGAGCAGAAACAGCGUGAGCGCGAGGCUGAGGAGAAACGCCUGAAGGAGGAGGAAGCAGCAAGACAUCGUGAGGAGCAGGAACGUAAGCGCAAGGCCGAACUCGAAAAGAAACGCCAGGAGGAAGAAGAACGGCAGCGGCGCGAGGCCGAAGAGAAGAAGCAACGCGAGCGUGAAGAAGAAGAACGAAGGCUCCGCGAGGAGGAGGAGAAGAAGAAGCGACGUGAGGAGGAAGAAACGAAGAGGAAAGAGGAGGAAGCUCGCAAGCAGCGAGAAGAAAAGGAGAGACUCCGCAAGGAACGCAUCGAGCGCGAAGCUGCCGAGGAAGCCAAGCGAGUUCGCGAAGAGGAGGAACGGCAAGAGCGUGAGCGCAAGGAGCGACUUGAACGCGAGGAGUUGGAGCGCAAGCGAGCUGCUAAAGAGGCCGAGCAGCGCCGUAUCCUCGAGGAGCAAGAACGCGUGCGCGUGGCGAAGCUGCCUCCUCUGUUGCGCUGGCUCGACGCUUGCCCGAACCCCAAGACUUCGGAAUACGCCGCCAAAUUCAAGCAUAUGCAAGGCGUGCGGUUCGACACUAUUCAGCCGCAAGCAAAUGGCACGGCAAACGGUAGAGAACAGUGGGUGCUAAACACCCAUGUUGCGCUACUCCUCGGGGAGAAGGACCUCUCCUUGUCAAAAUAUGCGGCUUGGGAACAUGUUUCCGUGUCCGACCUCGCUAAAAAGGUUAUCUGGAGACUCGAGUCGGAUUGGUAUGCCUUGCUUAAGGAGAACUUCUACGAACUUGGGACUGGCCUUUCAGAUUAUUACGGAGAGGGCGAGGAUCCCUUCAAGAUGAGCUUCCGCUCAAAGGAAAAACUCCGUGGCGAGGCCCGUGAGAAGUUCUUGAAGAUGGACAUGUUCUUCGUCAAGGUGUCGGAUUUGAUGUCGAUUGCUCAGGACGUUCCGCAUCUUCGGGACCUAAAGAUGAGCGUUGAGUAUCGCGAACUACCAGACAAUGAAGGCCAACUCUACGGAUGGCAAGUCCCGCAGAAAUGGAAACAGGACCCCGAUGCUGAUCGAUUCUUGGGAUUUGCGCCGAGGAACAAAUAUUAUAUCAACGGUGUCAUGGUCGAGGAGCAGAUGCCUGGUUUGUCUGCUACAAGCAGCACACCGUUUCCCGAGAAGCGGGUCCCUCGAAAGGGAUUGCAGCAGGUUUUCCCUGGCGACCCCGAUUAUGCCCGCGUGUGCAAAGAACAAGGGCUUGACUUCCUUUUGAAUGGCACGAAAACGCCGACGAUGCCCAACGGCGGACAUUGGUCGCCACGGAGCCAGUCGAAUGCCACAGAGGCAAUGGUCGAGACCGUCAAUGAUACCCAGCCGGCAGCCUCCGCUACAGCGCCCGUGUUGCCCGAGCCGAGACUUGUUCCUAAUGGCGUUAACGGCGUAUCGGCGCCAAGCACCAACUGA